AUGAGGAGUUUGUUUGGGAAGCUAAAAAAUCUACAUGAUGUACCUCCUCCACCACCCAAGCGAAUAGAUACGAACAGUGGAUGUGGUUGGUCCGAGGAAGAGUUUGAUGAUGAAGAUGGGGAUACGUAUGAAGCUCCCCCCUGUGAGCGCCCGAACAUCAAAAUCCCUCUCCAGCAUGUAGAGGAGAACGUUUACCUCGACUAUUCUGAGAGGCCUCCACAGCCUGUGAUUUCUCAAAGAAAGGCUGCACCACCACCACCACGACCAGCCAAAAAUCUACCAAAAAUGAGACCACAUGACCAAGAGGAGUUCUACGCUGAUCCCAGUGAAGGACAAUGUCCUGAAGUCUCCCAUAAAGAUAAUGCUGAUAAGAAAAUGACCCCUAGAAGGAGGCCCCCUGCAGUACCUCCUUCAGAUCAAGAAGAAGAUGUUUACUUGGAUCCAAAUGAAGGACAGAUUGAAAUGGAACCUCCACAUCAUGGACAUCCCAAACAUGCACCAGUUCGUCCUCCUGUACCACGUGCCGGUGUUCGUAUGCUUCAACCAAAGAAAGAUCCUCCACCUCUUAUGAAACCACCUAUCCCCAGAGCCAAAUCUAACUCCAACAUUAUCAGUGACUCAGUAAAGCCAGCACCGCCGCCAGAAAUGAAAAACUACUCUUUCUCUGCCACACUUCCAUCACCCCCUCCAAACAACAGACCACCCAGUCAGAUGGGCAUUAAAAAACCCAUAGCCAGCCCACCUACCAGUCCUUCAGCAGACUGUGUUGCACAAAUGAUGCCCCCUGGAGGACAGGAGUCCGGGUUAGAGGAGCGAGAAUGGUUUGCUGGGUUAUGUGGACGCAAGCCAGCAGAGGACGCAUUAUUGAAAGUCAACAAGGACGGCGCCUUCAUGGUUAGAAACAGCACGGCUCAAAACACACAGCAGCCGUUUACCCUAGUUGUGCUGUUUAAUCAGAAAGUUUACAACGUUCCCAUCCGCUAUCUCAAGGACUCGUGCAGCUACGCCCUGGGCAAGGAGGGCAAGAAAAGUGAAGAGCUUUUCAGCAGUCUGCAGGAGAUGAUUUCACAUCACAGAAACAACCCACUGUUGCUGAUUGAUAGCAAACAUCAGGCCAAACACACCACCUACCUCAUACACCCUGUUCAGCCUCAGAAGAGUUAG